GCCCUGGCAAGGGAGGCAGGCCCAAAAAAUAUCUAUAACCAGGCAGAGGCAGAUAAGGCGAAAGGAGCCAGAGGCGUGGAAUGAGAAUGGCCACCAUGCUUUCGUUCUCCGUAAACACACUGUCUUUCAAGCCCCUCUCCCCCAUCCCGCCUUCCUUCGGCAGCGAUCGUCGCUCAAUCCUGAAACCCGUAUCAGCCAUUAUCAGACCUUCCAAUCCUCAACCACAACACCAACAACCAUCACAGCUCUAUCAACCCUUCAGGCCUCCCCCUUCUCCUCUUCCCUCCCAGUUCGUCUCCCUGGACACUACAGCUCGCCUCGAAAUACUUUCCAAUCGAUUGGGUCUCUGGCAUGAGUACGCCCCUCUCAUCCCUUCUCUCAUCCGAGAAGGCUUUACCCCUCCUUCGAUUGAAGAGGCCACCGGCAUUUCUGGCGUCGAGCAGAAUCGCCUUGCCGUUGCCGCCCAGGUGCGCGAUUCCCUUGUUCAAUCCAACGCCGACCCUGAAAUUCUCUCCGCUUUCGACUUGAGCGGAUCCGAAUUGCUCUACGAAAUCCGGCUUCUCAGUGCAUCGCAACGCCUGGCAGCUGCCCGUUACAUUGUCGUGAACAAGCUUGAUGGUCAGGGGGCUCAAGAUCUGGCCCGCGCAAUGAAGGAUUUCCCUCGCAGGCGGGGUGACAAAGGAUGGAAAAGCUUCGAUUAUACUCUUCCUGGUGAUUGUCUGUCUUUCAUGUAUUAUAGGCAGAGUAGGGAACAUAGGAACCCAUCGGAGCAGAGAACUGCUGCUUUAGAGCAGGCGCUGAGCGUUGCCGAAACCGAAAAGGCAAAAACUGAAAUUUUAGAGGAGUUGAAAGGAGAGGCGGGAGAAGAAGAAGCAGAGGAGGAAGUCGAACAAGGGGUGCGGGUGCCGGUGGUGAGGUUGAAGAUGGGUGAGGUGGCAGAGGCCAGUUCGGUGGCAGUUCUGCCGGUGUGCAGGGCGGAGGAGAGAGAGAAGGAGCUUAUGGAGGCGCCGGUGGAAUGCACAAGCGAAGGCGAGUUCGGAGUGGUGGUGGCAGAGAAGGGAUGGAAGAGAUGGGUGGUGCUGCCUGGAUGGGAGCCCGUGUUGGCUUUGGGAAAGGGAGGACUAGUGGUAUCGUUCGCGGAUGCGAGGGUGUUACCGUGGAAGGUGAAUAGGUGGUACAAGGAGGAGCCGAUAUUGGUGGUGGUUGAUAGGACUCGGAACAGAGUGGGUGCCGACAGUGGAUUCUAUUUAGUGGCGGUUGAUGAUGGCGCCGAGGGCUUCAAGGUGGAAAGAGGGUCCACGUUGAAGAACUCGGGUGUCGACGACACAUUAGGAACUGUGGUAUUGGUAGUUAGGCCUCCUAAAGAAGAGAUUGAUGAUCAGCUCAGCGAUGAAGACUGGGAGUGAAAGGAUAGGAGAUAUUUGUUUCACUCCCCACGCUUGGAAUUCUAUCGAAAGAGUCCCGAGAUUCAGUUCUCACAGUUUCAUUGGUUCCAUCUGCUCUUUUUAUCCUUCCAAGUUCUGUAUUUUGUUGUAUUUUCUGAUAUCUUUUGGUCCGUUGGAAAUAAAAUAAUAUAGCAGAUGACUUUAAAUUCCA